UCAUCUGUUUGAUUGUUGUUUUUAUAUUCCAAUAUUAGUUGUUUUUGAGUUUACUAAUUUCCGCUUAAAAUAACAAAACAAAAUUAUUAUACACUAAUAUGGAUUCAGAAUUAACAUUUAGAGAUUAUGCAUUACUCAAAAACUUAAAAUUCAACGAUGAACGGGUAUCAACUGUAACAUCUCGUGAACAGCAAAAGACCGAGAAUUCCAUAGAAAAAUGUUUCAGUCGCUUUCAACAAAUGCAAUACCUGGAUCCAAAAGUAAAGAAAAUUCAUCGAGAAGAUCACCAACGCUAUUUGGAGUCAAUGCUACGUAGGCUUCCCUUACACUAUGAAUGCCUUGACAGUAGUAGGCCAUGGAAUGUUUAUUGGAUAUUGCAAGCUGCUCAUUUAUUAAAUUUCACCUUUGACGAUGAAACACUGGAGCAUGUGGUUGAAUUUCUCAUGAAAUGUCGUCAUCCAAAUGGAGGAUUUGCAGGUGGUCCCGGUCAAUACCCACAUUUAGCUCCAACAUAUGCCGCUGUGAAUAGUCUAUGCUUAAUUGGCACUUCAAAUGCGUAUCGUGCAAUCGACCGUGAAUCUUUAAUGCAGUUUUUAUUCUCUGUGCGUGAACCAGAUGGCUCCUUUAGGCUACAUGUUGAUGGCGAGACGGAUGUUAGGGGUGCUUAUUGCGCUAUCUCUUGUGCCAAACUGACGAAUAUGCCUGAGGAAGUUAUCAAAAAAUUGUUUGAUAAAACAGGCGAUUGGAUUGCCCGAUGUCAGACAUAUGAAGGCGGUUUUGGUGGUGCCCCAGACUUGGAGGCACAUGGAGGUUACACAUUUUGUGGCAUUGCAGCUUUAGCAUUGCUCGACGAAGGUCACAAAUGCGAUAUUGAACAACUCCUGAAAUGGAAUCUGCAACGUCAAAUGCCUUUUGAAGGCGGAUUUCAAGGUCGAACAAAUAAGCUAGUAGAUGGUUGCUAUUCAUUUUGGGUUGGUGCCACAAUACCAAUAACUCAAGCCUUUAUAUCCCAAAAAAGUGGAUCCAUUAAGAAGUCACUCUUCGACACAAGUGCAUUACAAGAAUAUAUAUUAGUUUGUUGCCAAAAAGCAAAUGGUGGCUUGAUUGACAAGCCGGGCAAGCCUCAAGAUCUCUAUCAUACCUGUUAUACGUUAAGUGGCGUUUCAAUUGCCCAACACUCUGAAUCGUCGCUGAAUCCACAAGUGCUAGGCGAUCCGGCGAAUGAGCUUUUACCAACGCAUCCGCUGUUUAAUGUUCCCCCAAGGGCUGUCGCCAGAUCAUUAGCCCACUUUGAGGUACUCAAUGACAAUUUCAAAGAUUUUCGGAAUCCCUCAAGUUGUCAGCAUGAUACAGGUGGAAAUCAAUACAAAAAUGAUUGUGAAAAAUCAUCGAUUGAAAGCUACAUGGAAGUAGAGGGAGGUGUAAGUGCUACUGAAGAAGAAGAAGCUCAAAUAUCCUCUGUUAGCUCGUCAAUAUCGAACUGAUGAAAUAUAUAUAAUAUUAUUUGGUAUAUUUAAUAGGAGCGUGAAAACUAAAUUUGUUGAAAGUGCAAAUACAAUUUUACCACAUCAUAAAAUUGGAAUGUAAAAUUAUUUUGUGUCCGAAAAGUUAUAUAUUAUGUAUGUACAUAUGUUUCCUAAAAUUGAGUACCAUAAAGGAAAUUUCCCACAAAAAAUUAAAUUGUAAUGUAUACAAGUAUAUACACUGUCUUAAAUACACAAAAAUGCACCCAAAAACUUAAUGGGGACAAUCCCAUAUUAGUUACACUUACCCUCGGUCGCAGUACGAAAGUGGUCCCAUAAAUAUGACUAAAAUAUGUACAUAUGUAUUCCAAUGCUUUGUAUGAACGAUAUUUUUUCUAUUGUCUUUAAAUAAAUGUCAAGUGUCUUUAAAAGAAAACUCA